CUGAACAAGUUUCGGCUCUUAAAGUCAAAAUAGUAUUAGCAUUUUCAGCACUUCUGUUCACUGAACAAUCCCUGCUACAGUUAAUAUAUAUGCUCUUUACAAUCGGGCCUCAAGGAUGGGUUGGGACAUAAUGUGCUCCAACCGGUAGAACAGAAGCGAAACGUUGCCGAACGGAGAAGGUAAAACCCGUGCAAAGGUGAGAUCAAAUCCGCUUCAUCAUGCCCCGUGCGUUCCUUGUAAAGAGAAACAAUUCCUUCCCUACCCUAAAGAACUGGGAUGAACUACGAGACGAGGAUCGAGCAGAUACCUAUAUUCCAGUGACUAGUUGUUUAGUCCAGUGCUUCACAGAGGAAGACAAGAAGUCAGUGCUUGAAGUAACUGCUGUUGAGACCACAGCAAACCAAGACAAGCCUGUCCCCUGUCACACAGAAUCAGUGCUGAAGAACACAGAUGAACCGAUGAGAUAUGAAAUAAAACACACCACUACCAGGACCAAAAUCAAGUUCACAACAGGCUCCUGCAGUACUGAAGAGCCGUUCACAUGCACUGUGUGCAGUAAAGCAUUCCACAGCCAGCGCAUGCUCAACCGCCACCACAAGUGCCACCGCCUGGUGAAGAGCCACCUGUGCACCUUCUGUGGGAAAGGAUUCAACGACACCUUCGAUCUCAAGAGGCACAUCAGAAUCCACACAGGCAUCCGUCCUUAUAAGUGUGACAUCUGCAGUAAGGCUUUCACACAGCGCUGCUCAUUAGAGUCGCAUCUCCGAAAGAUCCACGGGGUGGAGCAGAGCUUCACCCACAAGCAGCGUCGGGACAAGCUGUACGUCUGUGAGGACUGUGGGUACACAGGCGAGAGUCACGAGGCCCUCUACCUGCACCUGAAGGACAAGCAUCCCGCCAACGCUCUGCUGCAGAAGACUUCUAAAAAACUGUCUGUCGCUCUGCAGAGCAACUCUGAAAUCAGCAACAAUGAGGACUGAUAGAGGAUGCCAUUCCAUAUCACAUCUGUAAUAAAUUGAAUUUUUUUUUUUUCUAUAAA